AUGCCAAUCGAAGCCGGAUUGCCCUUUGUCUACUGCAUACCGCUGGGUAACGCGGCGUUUAUCUUGGCUGGAGAGAUGACUAUGUCGUUGCUGUCAAUUAGCCGGACUGUAUCUGUGUGGUUUCCCAAAUCCCUAUUCAUGAUAAGUGGCGAGAUCUGGGCAGCUGGCCCGCAACGCAUGAAUCGCUCGUGUUCCUGCCUUUUCGCUGCAUACGAAUCCCUUCAAUCGAUCAACGGACAGUCCCAUUCUUGUUCCAUCAGCAAGUUCCUGUCAGGGUUCGUUAAUGGAGCUAUUCCCAAGACAUCUUGGGGGAGCGGAGGCCACUGGGUCAACCAAAGGCGGUUGCAAUUGUUUGAAACUAGCCUAGGAAUGGCAGGACCGCGGCGUAAAAAGGACGGGGAGAAGCAGAAAACGAUACCAAAAGUGACAGUUGUAUAA